AUGAACUUUGGACAUUUACUACUUGUGACUGUGUCAUUGAUCCACAUCGCUUCAGGGUCCCGGGCACGGCUUGACGACAGCGGGCCUCGCAUAGUGGAGGACCCCUCGGAUUUGAUUGUCUCCAAGGGGGAGCCCGCCACCCUCAACUGCAAGGCAGAGGGCCGACCCACUCCCAGCAUCGAGUGGUACAAAGAUGGCGAGCGUGUGGAGACUGACAAAGAUGACCCGCGCUCCCACCGCAUGCUCCUGCCUAGUGGCUCCCUCUUCUUCCUGCGCAUCGUACACGGACGACGGAGCAAACCAGACGAAGGCAUCUACACCUGUGUGGCCCGCAACCCCCUGGGAGAUGCCAUCAGUCGCAAUGCUUCUCUGGAAGUUGCCAUCCUGAGAGAUGAUUUCAGGCAGGCACCGAGUGAUGUGGUGGUGGCUGCUGGCGAGCCUGCCGUGCUGGAGUGUGUGCCUCCACGCGGUCACCCCGAACCCACCGUGUCCUGGAAACGCAACAACGCCCGAGUCAGCGCCAAGGAUGACCGCAUCGCUAUGCGUGGUGGCAAACUGAUGAUCUCUCACACCAGGAAGAGCGAUGCCGGCAUGUACGUCUGUGUGGGCACGAACAUGGUGGGAGAGAGGGACAGCGAUCCCGCGGAGCUGGUGGUGUACGAGCGGCCUGUGCUGGUGCGGAGGCCGGUGAACCAGGUGGUGAUGGAGGACGAGACGGUGGACUUCCUGUGCGAGGUGCACGGAGACCCCCCUCCCACCGUGCGAUGGCGCAGAGAGGAAGGAGAGCUGCCACGCGGGAGGUUUGAAAUCCACAACGGCAACAGCCUCCGUUUGUUCCGCGUGAAGGAGCAGGACGAGGGCACCUACACCUGCACGUCUGAGAACAGCGUGGGCAAGACGGAGGCCUCGGCCAUGCUGCAGGUCCACGUUCCACCUCAGAUUGCCUCGAAGCCCCGGGACCAGAUUACCACCCAGGGGAUGAGCGUCACCUUUCAAUGCGGCACCACGGGAAACCCUCCACCUGCCAUCUUCUGGCAGAAAGAGGGCAGCCAGAUGUUGUUGUUCCCCGGUCAGCCGCCGUCUCAGUCUGGUCGUUACUCUGUGUCCAUGAGCGGAGAGCUGACCGUCGCGGACGUCCACCCCGAGGACUCUGGUUUCUACAUCUGCCAGGCCAUCAGCGUCGCAGGAAGUGUGUUGACCAAGGCGCUGCUGGAGGUGGAAGGAGGCCCUUCAGGUCGUGUACCACCGAUCAUUCGCCAAGGUCCGGCCAAUCAGACCGUAUCUCGGGGAGCGACGGCGCAGCUGCACUGCCGCGUAAUCGGAGGACCUUCAGUCAAGAUUUCAUGGGAGAAAGAUGGAGAGAGACUGCAGGGAAAUAAACCAAGACUGACCUUGAUGGAGAAUGGCACUUUGCAAAUCGCAGGCAUAAUGGACACGGACUCUGGGUCGUACAUGUGCGUCGUGUCCAGCGCCACGGGGGAGACAAGCUGGAGUGGGAUGUUGACUAUCAGAGAAGACGGAGUUUCGUCAGUGUCCAGAGUUUCUGAGUUCAUCCAGCUUCCGGGACCUCCACAGAAGCCUGUGGUGACGGAAGUGACCAAAAACACCGUCACUCUCACCUGGCAGUCCAACCCUCAUGAAGGCGGAGCCGCCGUCACCUCAUACGUGAUCGAAGCUUUCAGCCAAUCAGUGGGCAGCACCUGGCAAACGGUGGCGGACCACGUGAGGCAGGAGAGACACACGGUGGUCGGACUCUUCCCCAACACGGUUUAUCUCUUCAUCGUCCGAGCUGUCAACUCCUACGGCCUCAGUGACCCCAGCCCGAUCUCUGAGCCUGUCAGGACACAGGACGGGAGUCCCACAGAACAGGGCGUGGACCACAGACAGGUGCAGAGGGAUUUAGGAGAGGUGUCGGUCUACCUGCAGAAGCCUGUGGUUCUCUCUCCUUCCAGCACCAGGAUUCAUUGGAUUGUCGCCCGCCAGUCUCAGUACGUUCAGGGUUACAGAAUAUUCUACCGGACUAUCGGAAACUCUUGGUUGGUCCAGGAUGUGGAGGCCACCUCUGACAACAGUGCCAUCUUAGUGGAUCUACAGAGCAGCUCCGAGUAUGAGGUCAAGAUCCGCCCUUACUUCAAUGAGCUGCAGGGUCAUGACAGCCUCAUGGUUCUGCUGCGUACACCCGAGGAGGUGGUAAGUGCUCCUCCACAGGGUGUAUCAGUGGUGCAGCUCACCAACAGCUCCAGUAUCAGUGUAUCCUGGGAGCCUCCGCCUCAUCAUAUUCAGAGUGGCAUCAUUCGGGAGUACAAGGUCUGGUGUCUGGGCGGUGGCGUGGCUGAGGAGAACCAGAUCAACCGCACAGUGGACGGAGCGGUUCUGUCCAUCCUGCUGACGGGCCUGCUGCCCAACGUCCGCUACUCUGUCACGGUGGCUGCAGUCACCGGCCCAGGUGUGGGCGCCCAAAGCCCCCCCGUCAGCCUGCUGCUCACUGUCCCACUGGACAAGACUUCCCCGCCUGUGGGGAAAGAUGGUAGUCUCACCAUAACAGAGCAGAUCACAAGCGUAGUGCGCCAGCCGGCCUUCAUCGCAGGACUGGGCGUGGCCGCGUGGUUGGCGCUGACGGGCUUCAGUGGUUGGCUGUACUGUCGCCACCGCAGGAGGAAGCAGCUGGGACACUACACCACAUCCUUCGCAUACACACCAGCAGUUGGCUUUGCUCACAGUGAAGGGUCCGGAAUCAUAAACGGAGGGCCUGGCUUGCUGGGAUCAAACAUGGGCAACUACCCGUGGCUGUCAGACUCUUGGCCGACUCCGAACCUCUCUCACAACAGCAAGGACUCAGUGAAAUGCUGCUCUGGCAAACUGGACUCAGAUAGAUAUUAUAACACAGUUGGUAUCGCAAACUACCCGAACCAGCCAGAGAAACUCAGCGCAGCGUCCAACGACAGUCCCAUCUACAGCACCAUCAACACAGCUGCCGAGGACGACCUGCUGGCCUAUUAUGACACCUACUCCAGCACGACCUACGACCAGGGUCCAGACCCAUACAGCAGCAACCCAGGGCUGUCAAACAGUGGACUCGUGGGUCUGGGUCUGGGGCAGGACCUGGACCAGUGGACAAUCCAGUCUGGAGAGUCUGGGUCUGAGUAUGCCAAGCUCCAGUACACCAAGAAAAGUAACGACAAACUGGCAAAGCAGAAGUCGGCUGGAUCCUCAUCCAAGUCAGCUCCUCUCACCUGGGUGGAUGUUUUGUCGCUUCCUCUUCCUCCCAACAAAGAAAAGGGUCGCACAAAGACAGACAAAGGAGACGGGCACCACAGCUCUGAGGAGGAAGACGACGACUGGUGUCCGCCGCUGCCUGCCAGAACUUACCUGAUGGACGCUUCCAGGGAGGAAAUCUCCAGCCUGCCUUCAAAAACAGACGAUCUGUCUUACGCGGCGACAUUGAUGGCCUUUCCUCAGCGAGACACACACAAGCCCGGGGACAGUCUGCGGCUGCACAGCUUCGACCUCUUGACCCGCCAACAUUUGGGCUCCCAGGUGUCCCAGUCCAACCCAGAUCUAUUUACCAACACCAAGGCCCGGGACGUCAGUGGGAUGUACCACACCAACCAAUGGGCAGACAAUUUCAGGGGGGAAAGCUACAGCAAAGGACCAUCUCCUGCUGCAGCUGCCGAGUCGAGUCCCGGAGCCCAGACGCACAGAUCCAGGAGUAAGAAGAAAACGCCCAAGGAAGGACAGCUGAAGCGAGAGCUGCACGGCCACACAGAACUCCCCCCUCCCCCGGCCCCGCCCCCUACAGACAACUCCUUGCAGCUCUUGGCGGAGGUUUUGAGCCGCGGACGAAUGGACACGGAAAGAAAAGUUGCCGGCGACUCGCCUACACUUCCGAGGAGGGGAGAACAGUUCUCACCGCAGAGGAGAGGACCGACACAUUGUUUAUCGCAGGAUGAAAAUUUAAUCCCAUAUGGACAGUCCAGCUUCCUGCCCAAGGUCCAGAUGUCAGGCUACGGGUCCCUCGGCGGAGGAGUGUUGCCGCGACCCUCCGCUGCCGCCUGUAGGAGAGAUGAGAACCUCAUGUGA